AAGAAGCUUAAGAACAACGAGAUACAACGGAUGACUUGGCAUGAAAUGCUAAUGCAAUGCAUUUGUCGUAGUUGAUAAGCCAUCUGCCUCUUACGGCUGGUUGGAUAGACGUAAACUGCUAGGGAAGCAGAGCUGCCAGAAACAGUCAGUGCAGACUGAAGAGUACAAGCAAAGUGAUUUUCGAACGUGCUCCUUUACUUACGAUGUAUUCAUAUGUAUUCCUAUGACCUUACCUACAUUUUUCAUUCACCUGUUCACUUGGAUUCUUCUUCCAGAUUUGAACUGUUCAUCGUUAGAAACGGCUCUAAUGCAGCGACUUCGUCCACUAUUCACCGGUUACAUUCUUGUCACUCCACCGUCGCCUGCAGUCGAAAGAAUGAUUGACAUCUUGAACAGACCACUUCGAAUAGUGGAUUUCUUACGACAAUGGCUAUUCCAAUAUUCGGAAUUGUCGGAGAACUUACAAAAUGCGUUCUAUUGGAGUGAUCUACGUGCAGCGAGUCUGGUUAGUUCCCUAUCCUUUAAUGAUCACUAUAGAAAUUAUUUUUAUUGGCUACAACGCAUCGAAUUCGUGCUGGAGCACAUUUUCGCUCCCUCUACCGAUCCAUACUCUUUCGGUGCUAUCACGAAGAAUUUCACAGAGACCAUCAAUAAGUACACAAAGUGUUUUCUAACUGAUCGGUUCGUGACCGUAGCCAAUGAGUCGGUCCUGGAGGAGACGGCCAUGUGCCUGGCAGACUACCAACGUUAUUUUUCUGGAAUUGUCAUCUUGAACAUGACGGAGCAUGCCACCCAAUUUGAUUCACUGACAGUCUAUAAGAUCCGCCAUCUACCAAAUCUCGUCGACGGUACCUACAGCUACGAAGAUAGUCCUCGGCAUUUUUUCGACAGAAACGUGCCAUUCAUCGACCUUAAAUAUAUCACUUAUGGAUUUUCGUUCCUCCAAGAGUCUGUCGACCGAGCCAUUAUCACUCUUCGAACAAAUUCUUCGCGUCAGUUGGGGAUGUACGCGCAACAGGAACCCUUUCCUUGCGUUUCAGUAGACACUUUCAACAUAACCGUUUUUUUCGCACUUUGUGUGAUUUUGUCGUUUGUUAUUCCUGCUUCAUUAUUGGUGAAGAAUAUUGUCUACGAAAAGGAACUCCGUCUCAAAGAACAAAUGCGAAUAAUGGGUCUUGGAGAUAUGGUGCACUUGUGGUCAUGGGCGAUCAUCUCUCUCAUCUUCAAUCUUACCAGCAUUCUUAUCAUUUCUAUCAUAAUUAAGAUUGGUCGCAUUCUUCCCAAUGUUGAUUUCUCGCUGCUACUCGUUUUCCUGGUACUGUUCGCCAUUUCUUCGGUUGCCUUCUGUCUACUUCUAUCCACUUUUUUCUCGAACGCCAAUAUCUCGACAGCAGCUACUUGUCUUGUCUAUUUUCUAUUCUUCUUUCCGUACCAGCUAAGCAUCCGUGCCCGUAACAAGAUUUUUACACGAUUCACGGUGGGUACAAUGUGCUUAAAGUUUCAUUCUACAGCUUACGAUGUUAGCUUGCUUGAAUGCAUGGUGGCGUUCAUCUGUGAAGCCAUUGUCUUCGUCGUUCUAACGUGGUACAAAAGUGCCGUUUCUCCAGGUUUGUUAGUUUUCUUGAGUGAAAUGAGUACUUACUGGGAAAGUUUAAGCUUGAAUGCCAAUAAUUGUUUUAUUUUAAUUUUAGUUUCUCCAAACGACAAUUUCGAUGUUGAGCCCUCGGACUUAUCACUAACCGUAAGUAUAUCUGGAAUGAGUAAAGUCUACAGCAAUGGAACCAGAGCGCUGGAUAGUCUACGCUUAAAUCUGUAUGAGGAUCAAAUCACUGCUCUUUUAGGGCAUAACGGAGCCGGAAAAACAACCACUAUGUCAAUACUUUGUGGUUUGUACUCGCCGUCGAGUGGCACUGCCUCCAUUUACGGCAUGGACAUCAGAAAGGAAAUUCAGUCCGUUAGGGAAGUGUUAGGUGUGUGUCCACAGUAUAACGUGCUAUUUUCACACCUAACAGUUGCUGAACAGCUGAGGUUGUUUGCAGCUCUCAAAGGAACACCAGAUUCUAAAAUCGAACAAGUGGGUCUACUAUUAAUUUUUUCAACUGGUUUAUUUAAGUUUCCUUUUUCUUUAGGUGGAAUGAAGCGUCGAUUGUGUAUCGGAAUAGCAUUAAUAGGUGGAUCGCGCUUUGUGAUUCUGGAUGAGCCGACAGCCGGUGUAGAUGUAAUGAGUAGAAAGGAGAUCUGGACGCUUCUACAAAGCAAUAAAAAAGGUCGAACGAUUUUACUAUCGACUCACCACAUGGACGAAGCCGAUAUUCUCUCUGACCGCAUCGCUAUCCUUUCACAAGGUCAACUGAUCUCAGUGGGAAGCUCCAUAUUUCUCAAGAACAGAUAUGGAGAAUCAUUUCAAGUUGUCGCUUGUAAAAAGGUUCAUCUGGUAGGAGACACCCUGCAGUACACAUUGGGUCAAUCUCAGCGCCCGUGGCCCACCAAGACCUCCAUCCUCCCGAAGUUGGUAAAUUGGUACCAGCUAGUCUGGGAGGAUAGUAGCACUAGCUCGAUACAUCGGUAG